CUACUGCAAAAACAACAGACAAGUUCUCAACUUUCUGGCUUAUGGUUUGGAAUGAGAAAUCUGAUAUCAUUGUUAUGCUGACCAAUCUCCGUGAGGCUUCGGGAAAGAAGUGUGAAAAGUACUGGCCAGAUUCAGAUAAAGAGGAGGUCUAUGGUCAAAUUAAAGCGACAUGUCGUAGUAUUGAAGAUUUUGCUGAGUAUACUGUCAGAACCCUCACCAUAUCAAAGGGCAAAGAAGAGAAACACGUGGUGCAGCUACAUUACACGGCAUGGCCGGAUAAAGGUGUGCCAGAAGAAGUGACAAGUCUCGUAGAAUUUAGACAGAGGGUGAAGGCCGUUCCAGUAAUAUUAGGUGGUCCAGUCAUCAUCCAUUGCAGUGCGGGAGUAGGUAGAACUGGCACUUACAUUGCUCUGGACCAACUUACAGAAGAAGGCAAGUGUGAAAGAUCUGUAGAUGUAGUCAACUGUGUUAACAGAAUGAGGGAGCAAAGGGUCAAUAUGGUUCAAACCGCUGAGCAGUACAAGUUCCUUUACAAGUCUUUGGUGCACUCGCUUUCAUUCGGCUGUGAAGCGUUGACGGCUGAAGAGAUUCAAGGAUUUACAUACAAAGCAGAUAAAAAGUUGUUCACAGACAUGUUUGAGACUCUUAGAAAAGAAAUUGAUAUUGAGAGUAAGGAAGAUAUGGAGGAUCGUCAAGAAAAUAGGAGACAAUACAAGGAUAAAAAUCGACGACAUUCUGAUAUCCCUGCUAAUCGCAGUAGAGUACGGCUGUACCUUGCAAGAGCAGAUGGUCACCAUGACUACAUAAAUGCUGUCUUUAUAAAUAGUUUCAGGAUCAAGAACUUGUUUGUUGCUGCACAAUCCCCACUUCCUGGAACUGUCGAAGAUUUUAUCUGCAUGAUUUAUCAACAGAACAGUUCUUGUGUUGUUGCUUUAGUGGAAUCUCAUAAUCAGAAUAAUGUUGGAAAAUAUCUUCCAGCUGACAAUGAGACUUACAAUGUGGUGAUUUUAUUGUAACGAGCUCAAAGUGUGAGACAAAAGAACAAUAUGUCUUGAAGAAAGUAUCUAUUCAAACCACUAAGAAGAGUGAAGAAAAAACUGUUUAUCACUUCCAAUACACAAAAUGGGGAAGAUCUAAGACGGUUCCAGACAGUGUUGAAGAUUUUGUUCACUUCAUGAAAGAUGUAGAAAAAAUCAUUAAUCGUCAAACUGAGGAC